AUGUCGACGUGGCAAAUAUUUCCCGAUUCCAGCAGCGGUGGUUUCCGGUGGGAAGUCGGCGGCCGGAUUCUUCAUUCUGACCCCAUUUCUACGGCGCUCGAGUCCACGGCUCCUCUACCUUCCAUGGCCGAUCUCUUGCUCCAAGGAUGCUCGAAGCUUGUACAACGGGAGGAACCGACGCCGCCAGGGGAAAUCCCAAUGUUCAGGACUGGCCUGGGGAAGUCUGUAGCCCUGAAAGAGUCUUCGAUUGCGAAAGCCAAAUCCAUUUUAGCACAUGACAAGGUUGCUUUUUCAGGUACAGGAGAGCGCGAUUUCCAGAAUCUCCAAAAGCGACAAGUGGACACUGCUGGAACUUUGCCUAUGUUCAGUACAGCCUCAGGGAAAUCUGUCCCACUGAAAGACUCUUCAAUUGCCAAAGCUUUGUCUAUUCUUGGGGGUGAUAAUAUGAUGAACUCAGACGUUCUUCCCAGGGAGAAUGGAUUUGGUGUUCCCCAUACUCUUUUUCGGACAGCUUCUAACAAGAAGGUUAAUGUGUCUUCUGCCGGUCUGGCAAGAGCCAGGUCAUUGUUAGGACUAGAAGAAGAUGAUUUGAAUGGUUUUAAUCAUGUGGACCCCUCGUUUUCUUCCCACCAGCAACAUGGGUGGUCUGGGUUAAAAACUCAUGAGGAGUUUGAUGCUACACCGGCUCAGCACCAUUCAAGAACACCAGGACAAUUUGAGGGUCAUGUAUCUGGGAAGAGAUCUGAAAUCUUAAAUCCAUCUUUAAAGGUGCCUCAAACAAAGUUUCAGACUGCUGGCGGAAAAUCAUUGUCAGUGUCAGCUGAGGCAUUGAAACGUGCCAGAAGCCUUCUUGGAGAUCCUGAAUUAGGCACUUUCUUUGAUGAUGUAGUGGCAGAUGAUCAAUUUGUUACACCACAGAAAGAUAUUGCUAUAAACAAUGGAAGUGCCAACACGGGUUAUGCUGCUCUUGAAGGAAACACAGGCAACAAGCAUACGUCAAAUAGUUUUAUAUCUCCUCAUUGGUCAUCUUCAAAGCGAUUCAGAUCAGUCAAAUUGCAGGACCUCUCUUCAGGGAGUAAUUUGAUCAAGAAAUUUGAUGCGGCUAUUGAUGAGACGGAUCGUGCUCUGAAUAUUACUCAACUUGCUACAAAUGACAGGCCUUUAGCAUCAGAUAUGGCAGUUAAUAAUUCCAAGGAAAACGGUUUCAUUCGAAGAACUAGACAAUUUGGAAGGCAAGCUGACCAGCCACUUGUCGACAUAACAAAUCGCAGUGACACAGCUUAUGCAAAUAAUAAGCAAGACAAUGCCCAAAAGAAAAGACUGGGAACGACUGUCUACGUUUCUCCUUUUAAAAGGCCAAGGAAUUCCUCCUUUAAAACUCCUUUAAAGAAAAAUGCUCAGCAUGCUUCAAGUGUUGGUUCAAUGGUUGACCCUGAGAUUUAUAAUUUUUGGCAUCCUGUCUAUUGUCAGGUGCUUUCUACAAGAUAUCGAGAUAGGUCUCCAAGAGUAUAUAUCAAGUAUUAUUUUGGAACGCAUCCAAGAGCUACGACCAAGAUUGAUUAUGUGCCAGACCAUGUCAGAAGAAUCAAAUCAAAUAAUGCAGCUAAAUAUGUAUUCUGUGAUGAGUCUUCCUCUACCGUGGUUGGAGCUGACACUUUUCUUCAAAUAUUGGCUGAGUCUGGUGCUUCCAAUAGGUCUGUGACUGUUUUCUUGCAUGUGAUUCUCAUUCUGUUAGAUAGGCAGUGGGUCACUAACCACUACAGGUGGAUAGUCUGGAAACUUGCAUGCUACGAGAAAUACUACCCAGCCAAAGGCAGACGAAACUUUCUGACGGUCACCAAUGUUUUCGAGGAACUAAAAUACAGAUAUGAGAGAGAGGUCAAUCACGGUCAUUGCUCUGCAAUCAAGAGGAUUCUGAGUGGUGAUGCACCAGCUUCCUCAAUGAUGGUGCUCUGCAUAUCAGCUCUUAAUCCAAUGACCAAUAAUCAUCCUCAUGGUUCUGAUAGUGGCGGCUAUGUGAAAGUAGAACUCACAGAUGGGUGGUAUUCCAUGAAUGCUGCUCUGGAUGUUAUGCUGAGAAAGCAGCUGAAUGCUGGAAAAUUGUUUGUCGGGCAGAAGCUUCGAAUCCUUGGUGCAGGACUCUCUGGCUGGUCUACCCCAACAUCACCUCUUGAGGCAGUGAUUUCAAAUACAACCUGUUUGUUGUUGAAUAUUAAUGGGACAUACAGAGCUCACUGGGCGGAUCGACUAGGAUUCUGUAAAGAAGUUGGUGUCCCUCUGGCUUUCAACUGUAUCAAGUUCAAUGGGGGUCCAGUGCCUAAAACGUUGGCUGGAAUCACACGAAUAUACCCUAUUCUAUACAAGGAAAGGUUAGGUGAAGGGAAGUCAAUAGUUCGAUCAGAGAGAAUGGAAAGUAGAAUGAUCGAGCUGCAUAGCCAGAGGCAAGUUUGCCAGUUGCUGAGUUUAGAUUAA